UGGUAAACUUUAAGAAUCAAAACUAUCAACUGCAUACUUAUCUUGAAAUACUUCAAACAUAGGGGGACCAUUUUUGCCAUUUUCUCCAUAAAAUUACAGGGGGAAGGGGAACAGGAUCUGCACAGAAACUUGAAACUUCACGCCACCACGACUGUAAUCUCGCCACCGAUGCCGCCGUGAACCACCAGUUCUUCGCCGGCAAAUCAUUUCCUCUCCACCUCUGUUUUAACCCACUUCAUCACCACCAUUUUCGCAACCUGAAACCACCCUGCCAUCUCCGCUGAAACACCCAAAACAGCUGCUAAACCCACCACUUGAUUCCACCCCCUCACGGACCUGAAUUAUACGGAAACUACCGUUCCUUCCCAUCUCUGCUGUGGAAGCUCCAUUGAGAUCAGCCGAAAAGAAUCCUAAUGACCCGUUGCGGUUCAAUUCUGCCGGCAAGGAUUUUCGGUCUGUUUUCAGUUGUUCCGGGCUUGUUGGUCCAAAUUCGGAAUCUGAAGGAUUGUUCUAAUUGGAGAUUUGUGAGCGGGAGGAAGGAUAUCUUAGGUUUUCUGCUGGGAUAUACCAUACUGCAUCAUUUGAUUGGGAGAAAUCUUCUUAUUUUUCUCCUGGAAUUUGAAGGAAUGUCAAAAGUUAGAGACAGAACGGAAGAUUUUAAAGAUGUUGCACAUCGAUCAGCAUUGUCUUUGGGAUAUAAUGAGUCUAAGACUGCUGCCUUAUUGGCAUCUUUUAUCAUGCAUAAACCUCGGCAAAGGUCAGGAUUCACCAGAGCUGCACUUAAAACGCUAGAGAGUAUUGGGACUCUGGAACAAUUUUUGAUGAAACACAAGAAGGAUUAUGUUGAUCUGCACCGUACAACUGAACAAGAGAGGGAUAGCAUUGAGCAUGAAGUUACAAUUUUUGUAAAAUCAUGCAAAGAGCAGAUAGAUGUUCUCAGAAAUAGUAUAAACGAGGAAGAUGCAAAUUCAAAGGGAUGGCUUGGUUUGAAGGGUGACAAUCUGAAUGCUGAUACUAUAGCACACAAGCAUGGAGUGGUUUUAAUUUUAAGUGAAAAGCUUCACUCUGUCACAUCACAGUUUGACCAAUUGCGGGCAAUACGGUUUCAAGAUGCUAUUAACCGAGUGACACCAAGAAGGAAACGUAAGAACACUACCAAAUCAAAUGCUGCAGAGACCUCUGCUUCUAGUAGUUUGGACCCCAACAUGAAAAGGGACUUCGAGGGUCUCGGGGACCCCGAUACACAAGCAGCACCUAUAAGAGUCCAAGAACAACUUUUGGACGAUGAAACACGUGCCCUACAGGUAGAGCUGAACAGUCUCCUGGAUUCUGUUCAAGAAACAGAAACAAAGAUGGUGGAAAUGUCUGCGUUAAACCAUCUUAUGUCUACUCAUGUUUUGCAACAGGCCCAACAGAUAGAGCUUUUAUAUGAUCAGGCAGUUGAAGCUACCCAAAAUGUGGAACUUGGUAACAAAGAACUGUCACAAGCCAUUCAACGGAACAGCAGCAGCAGAACUUUUCUUUUGCUCUUUCUAUUUGUACUUACAUUUUCAAUCCUCUUCCUAGAUUGGUACAGUUAAUUAUAGGGAUUUUCGCGCUAUUUUUUGUUUUACAAGUAAGAGUAUAGAGAGCAUAUAUUGUACAACUAAAGUUGCGUAACUUUACUAGAAAUUUGGAGGCAAUUAUCUGUUGUAUUUGCUGCUUUAUUAUUUGUACUGCUAUUAUUGUUACUUGCCCAUGCCACCAAAUACCAAUAUUGAACUGAACUUUGAUUCGA